GGGGGUCCAGCGAACGUUUGGGAACGAAGGGCGGCCUGCUUCCGAUGCAUAGAUGGAACUCUCGCGUCAACGAUGUUCGAGGCUAGCGCGGUGAAAGCUCUCAGCUGUUGGUGUAUAUUGGGACAGUGCCGACGGUUUUCAUCGAGGUCGGAAUUUGUUUUCGCAUGCCUCGUGGAUUCAAUCCUGAGCGGAAGAUCGUGGGUUAUUUCCGAUUUCAUGCGAGAAUCGAGAGAGGAGGAGAUGACGCGCGUGGAAGUUGUCGUAGGCAGGAGGUAGAUUCCAUCGGUGAUAGUGAGGACGGCUGGAUUUUGAAACAGGGGACGAGCGAGAAAUCCGCGUCUGCUCAUUCAUUGCUAAAACUAUCAACGUUCUAUCGGUUAGCCUCAACUGAAGCAGUGCGCCACUCAUGGAUAAUUCAUCUGCGUGAGAUAUAGAGAUCUUCAAAUUUUCCAGGCCCAAUUCUGGUCGAAUCAAUUUGCACUUGCAAUUCGAGAAAUCCGCGUCUGCUGAUUCGGUGCGGGUGCCAUGGUUAGAGAAAAUAAUGUCGGCGAAUUUUAUCAGAAGCUGAGGAUUGCGGCAUUUCAUGCCUCCACCUCACCUGUGUGGAUUUUUCCGUCCGCCAAUGAUGUAGACUCUCUGUGUGCACUCAAAAUAUUCACUCGUGUUUUGCAGUCUGAUUCGGUGCGCUACUCUGCUUAUCCUGUUGCUGCUUCCAAUGACAUCAACGAACUUUUGAAAUUGUCUUUAGACAGGAGUGACCGCUCCCUUGUCGUGCUGCUGAUAAAUUGGGGUGCUUCGUGCAACCUCCUUCAACUUCUCAAUCCAGGACCGCACGUGAAGAUUUUCGUUGUCGACAGCCAUCGACCGAUUCAUCUCCUAAAUUUGAGUAGACUUAACACGCAAGUCACGGUUUUAUAUACGGGAGAGGAUGAAAAUCAGGCGGACAUGUACUACGGGUUCGACAUUGAGGAGCUGGCAGAUUAUCCCGAUCUGGGUAGUGAUCUCGAUGAAUCCGACGAGGAAUCCGACGAGGACGACGACGAUGAGGACACAGAGCGGAGGCGGAAUAGGAGGAGGAGGACGCAAGAAGCCGAUGAGAGUGAGGACAGGGAGGUUGUAAGAUUGAGGAAGAACAAGGCGGCAUAUUAUGGCAAGGGUUCUUUUCAUGGCAUAGCUUCGGGAUAUCUCAUGCACGAAAUGAGUCAUGCGUCGCACAAGAACAACAAUGAGAAUUUGUGGAUGGCUUGCGUGGCCCUUACAGAUCAGUUUGUCCACGAGAGGAUUUCGAAUGAGCGGUAUUUAUCGAACUUCAUGACCCUGGAACAACACAUUCGCAGUGCUGGCCACCUGGACGUUGCUGCCACAGCGACUCUCAAAGACGGCACGAAAGUAAGAGUUCCUGACGUCAUGAGAAUCAAGGUUGAUGAAGAGCCACGAUUAAUGUUGUUGAGAGAAUGGACUCUUUUCGAUUCGAUGGUCAAUUCCUCCUACACCUCUACAAAACUGAAGACGUGGACGGAUCGUGGAAUGUAUUCCCUUAAGCUUCUGCUGGCCAACAUGGGCAUUGCUGUUACAGAAGCUCAACAGCAGUUUCCGCACAUGAAGACCGAAACUAGGAAUAACUUGAAGUCUAUGUUUGAGCAAAUCCAAGCCUCUUCAGGAUUCACCGACCUGUACUAUAGGAGUUUUCAAAGGUUCCACGGUUACAAUCCGAAGGUUUCGGCUGCAGAUGUGGUUUUCGGUGUCUCAGCUAUAUUGGAGUCCUACGUUGAAGCCACACAGGAACAUGGCUCAUAUGCAUUUGCCAACCAGUUUUGGGACGCCUACAUGGCACUCAACGCGGACAGUCUGAGGGAGCUGGUAGCUGGCAUGCACUUGGCAAUCAAAGUUCAGAGAGCGAUUCAUCGACAGGGAUGUUACGCAAUUAUGAGGAGAGAGAUAAUUAGAAGUACUCGGGCAUUCAGGUAUUUGAUUCUAGAUAUGACCCCGGAGACAGAGCUGCUCGCUCAUCCCCUAUCACUCACCAGAUUCUGCUACUUCCUAAUGGAUGCACUCAGAGAACUGGGACAUCCAUCGAAACCCAUUCUUUGUUCAGCUCCUAUUCCUGGCGAUCCAAAAUCUCAUGUCAUUGUAGGGGUAUCUCAGAGACUAAGAAUAGGAGCGCAACAUGGUAAUAAGUUUGGCCUUGCCUUCCGAACUGUGGCACAAAAUUUAGGAGCUCAGUACAGUGGAGAUGCAUUCGAGUCAUCCUGGAUUAGGUUGAAAAAGGAAGACGUGACGUCGUUCAUGCUGGAGGUGCAAGAGAUAUUAUCAUCAUGAUUCCAAACUCCCUGGAGUUUGCUGCUUCUCAUUUAGAGAGCACCCAUCUGUAAUAUUAUAUUCCUGAAGUAAUAAACACAUUACAAUUGU